ACCACUAUCACCCACACGAGCAGCAAGCAAACCCCACCUCCGCAAACAUCAACCGCCAGACUCCCAGACAGCGCUGCCUAUACCGCACACCAGUUAAUAUCCCGUCUCGAGGCGUCUUAUCGUCGUGGCCAAGGGGAGACUGCGCGGCAAAAACAAAUCGUCCCAUCCAUCAAUGACGAGCACGGGUACCUAGGACGACGGCCACAUCAUCCUGCGCCGUCAUCAUGGACCGGCUCCCGCGCGAGCUGGUAGACGCCAUCCUGCUCAAGUGCCUCACCGGAGAAUCCAAGAAUGAAGUGCUCGAGCUGCGCCUCGUGUGCCGCGUCUUCGACCGCACCCUCAAGCCCUACGCAUGCCGCACCCUCGGCCUGGACUUCUCGCGCCUCAGCAGGCUGAGUGGCUUCCGCAGGCCGCAGGCCGACGCCUUGCAGACCAUUGGCUACCACUGCAAGAGCCUCUACGUCGACCUCAUGGUGCUUCGAGAUGACAUGGAAGUCGAGUUCCUCGAGGCCGUCUUCGCCCGCGUCCCGUCCAUGACGGACUUUUGCCAGACCAUGCAGCGCAAGUACUGCCUCAACGACGCCUCCUUCACCGAGACCGAGUACCUGGACGCGCUCGAGACGAUGCUCUUCAACUGCCGCGACGUCGACCGGCUGCGCCUUAACCUCCCCUUCCAGCUCGUGGGGCGGCAUGUCAACGCCGCCACCAUGAUCCUCGCCAACACGCUCAAGGCGUUUGCCAACCGGCCCGAGGAGGACUCGGCCGAUCUCGAGACGCUCGUCCUCGAGAACGUAACCGACGUGGCCAUCUGCCACCUGUGGAUGAACCCCAGCGACGUCAUGAAUAUCAUGGGCGUCGUUGCCGCCCUCAAGCACCUCGUCCUCACCUUGCGCCGCCACGAGAACGAGCCCCCCCGCGUCGGCUGGUUCGGCGCCUGCCUCUGGAACCUCAUCGAGAACGCCGGCCUGCUCGAGUCGCUCUGCCUUAUCGGCAUGGACCACGAGGACAAGCCCCCGCGAGGCCUCAAGCAGACGCGCUUCUGGCAGUUGACCCCCGACGAGUGGCGCGCCCGCUCCCUCCCCGCCCCACGCGUCUACCUCGCCCACCUCGCCUGCCUCGAGCUCAAGCGCGUCGAGAUGCUUCCCGAGAUCCUCGUCAAGAUGAUGGAGGAGCUGGGCGACACCCUCGAGGAGCUCUACCUGAACGAGGUCUACCUCAAGGCCGAGCAGGCCCGCGACUGGAACGCCGACUCCAAAAAGGUCCUCUGGGUCGGCCUCCCCAACCUGCGGGCCCCCGACGACGGCCAGUGGCUCGCCAUGGCCGUCCGCUGUGCCGCUCCGCGCCUGCGCCUCUGCCGCGCGAGCUUCCUCGCCUACGACCACUACCUCCGCGAGGACGGCGCCUUCAGCUCGGACUUUGACCUCGUCGACCCCUGCGGCCUUGGCCGCGGCCUCUCCCAGCGCUUCGUCGAGGUCGUCUUGGGCGUGCCCCAGCCCAACGACCCCUCGUCCGGCGACCCCGUCGAGUACCUGCCUCGGGACCCCGCCGACGACCGCUUCAUCGCCCCGCAGCCGCGAUCUUCUCCUGCGUCCCAGACAGCUGAACAUGACCUACAACAAGCACGUCAACAAAACCCGCCGCCGCCGCCGCCGCCGCAGCAGCAGCAGCAGAAUCACACACUACAACAAAACCAACAACAACAACAUGAUGGCCAACAAGAGCAACGACAACGGCACCAGGAACACCACAGCGACCAGAGCAGACAACCGGCGCCGCCCGCACACGCCCCGGCCCGAACCCCCCUCCGCAUCGAAGACUACGACGUCAACGCCUACCAGAUGGCCGUCGCCAACCCGACGUCGCAGUGGCACAAGAGCAUCGACGGCGUAUUCGCAAACUGCAAUCAGAACACGCUCGACGAGCUGCACUACAUCGCCGAGACUGCCUGUCGCGGCAUGAACGAGAUUCACCGCCGUAGGGGUGAGUGGACCACCGUCAACGGUGUGGCCAACGAGUAUUCCGACAACCUCAUUAUCCACCUCCCGUCCGCAGAAGAUGCGGAGCAGCAGGACGCGGCAUGAAUCGAGGCGGCACAUGCUUAUUUCUACCACGCAUGGCUUUCGUCCCUUGUAUACAAGGAAGCAAGGGACGAGGCAUAGGAUGGUCAAUGAUCAUGGCAAGCGGGCGUUUUCUCCAUUUCUGUAACGCGUUUUCUCCCACUUUGGUCUCUUUUAUUGAUGCAGCUAAUAUACCCCUCCCCCACACUCGGAUCGGAUCGGCUUGCGUCUCUGCUUGUAUAUAAGAGAGCAUACAUGGCUCGUCCUUGGAAGAUGCAUUCCUAUCCCGUACCUAUAAUCAGAUUUCGCUGCGUG